AAGCAAUCACCUUUGUUCUUGAAUUUUAACCGAAACUCUCGACGAUAACAGUUUUCCGGCCCAAUUUUAAAAGAACUCUCUCCCUUUAAAUAUAAAAUCUUUUGAGAAUUAUAAUUAUAAAUAGAUUCCGUGAGGUCGAAACACAACUACUUCUCACUGUUAUUAUGAAAGAAAUUUGUAGGUUAAAUUACGGAAUUAAGGGCAAAAGGAAGUGCGAAAGAGCGACGAACUUGUUUUGAAUCGCUGGUUUUUGAAGCUUAAAGAGGGCGGGAGGGAGAUAACGAAGAGUAGGGAUUACGGUUUUCCGGUGUGUGUGUGAAAGAUUUGAGUCGAGAGAGAAAGAGAGGGGUUAGGGUUUUGAUGUUGAAGAUGAUGGAGGUGAUCUUACAUGUAUACGAUGUGACGAACAGUGAGUCCGAUAAAACCAACAGCACCAUUGUUCAAAUCAACAAGAUCUUCAAGGAUGGAAUCGGCCUCGGUGGCAUCUUCCACAGUGCCGUUCAGGUAUAUGGAGAAGAUGAAUGGUCUUUUGGCUUCUGUGAGCAAGGAUCUGGAGUUUUUAGUUGUCCAUCUGGAAAAAAUCCAAUGUAUACAUAUCGUGAGUCCGUGGUCCUUGGAAGAACUAACUUUUCAAUAUUCAAGGUUAACCAGAUAUUGCGGGAACUUAGUAGAGAGUGGCCUGGAAGUUCCUAUGACUUGCUAUCCAAAAAUUGCAACCACUUUUGCGAUGACUUCUGUGAAAGGCUUGGUGUCCAAAAGCUUCCAGGUUGGGUUAAUCGUUUUGCCAAUGCUGGUGACACUGCAAUAGAAAUAGCAGAAAGCACUGCCUUUCGGUUGAGACAAGCCAAGACUGAAAUAGUAUCAGCGAGCAAAGUGGCAUAUCGUUUCCUUUUGGGUGUUACCUCUGGAUCUAGUGGUGCUGACGAUUCCACUGGAAAUUCAAACAGCGUAUGCCCCAGUUUUCAAUCUGCUUGGUUUAAAGAUAUCGUCAAUGUGGGUGCUAAACCAUCAACCCGUUCUGAAAUCGAGACAUUGGACAACAAUGUUCUUCAAAAGCAUCAUCCACAGAAUUCUACGCAAACAAUGCAACAAAAUUUUCGAGAUCCAGAAAGACCACAGAGAUGGAGUUCGCAAGAUUUUGAACAACCAAUAUUUCAGAAUCCACACGAUUCAGAACAAUCACUGCGACAGAAUUCAUUGCUGGAUAUUUGACUGAAAUGUUUCCCAGAAGCAUUCACUUCUUUGUGGAUAAAUGUAAAAUUGUUAAUUUUCAGCUCCAAACGGAUAUUUUCAAAUCUUUAUGCCCCAUGGACUUAGAUAGUGUUUUCUUCUCUAUCAUUCUCUCAAAAUUCUCAUGUGGUGCUUGGGGCAGUGUUUGAUUGUUAGGUGAUACUGAACCUUUACUACGGUGCAAGCUUUUCAAUUUUCAUGAAGUGAUUUUUUAUUCUA